AUGACGGACACACAUGAACGGACAGCGAACGAGACGUCUCCACUAGUGGGACCGGAUCGCAGUGCCGACGAUGACAAUGGGAACCCAGUAUCAGGCUCCGAAAAUACGUCUCGCGGAGCGAAUGUUACAAGUGAUGUCAUGGAGUCAAAGAGUGGCUGGUAUCUGUUCUUGUUAACAUUGAGUAUUGGCGGCCUUCAAAUUGUCUGGUCCGUCGAAUUUUCGAAUGGCUCACCUUACCUGUUAUCUCUUGGAAUGAGCAAAGCCUUGCUUGCAUUUGUCUGGAUUGCAGGCCCUCUUUCCGGUUCUAUUGUACAGCCAUACAUUGGAAUAUGCAGUGAUAACUGCCGGAUAUCAUGGGGUAAAAGAAAGCCCUUCAUGAUUGUCGGAGGAGCGGCCACAGUUGUGUCCCUGCUAGCUCUUGCAUGGAUAAAAGAAAUUGUAGGCGGCUGUCUUGGAAUCUUUGGCGUUGAUCUGGCUUCUGCGGGUACUAAAACAGUCGUGAUCAUUUUCGCAACUAUCUUGAUGUACUGCCUGGACGUUGCUGUAAAUACAGUCCAGGCCGGGAUUCGGUGUUUCAUCGUCGAUAAUGCACCUGCACAUCAGCAGGAAUCGGCCAACGCGUGGGCGAGCCGGCUCACUGGCGUGGGCAAUAUUUUAGGAUAUGUCUUUGGGUAUGUUGAGCUGCCUAAAUACCUUCCUUUUCUGGGAAAUACCCAGUUCAAAGUCUUGUGUGCAGUUGCAUCUAUUUCACUCGCCAGUACGUUGUUCAUCAGCUGUUUAUACAUUCGGGAACGAGACCCACGGCUAGAAUCGCCACCUUCAUCAGGGAAUCCUGGAAUUGUCGCCUUUUUCAGGCAGGUUUUCAAGUCCAUUAAGCAUCUGCCACCCCAGAUUGCCAAGAUCUGCGAAGUUCAGCUGGCUGCGUGGGUUGGCUGGUUCCCUUUCCUCUUUUAUGCCACGACGUAUAUCGGCCAACUCUACGUGAAUCCCAUUUUUAUUGACCACCCGGAUCUCCCCGGGGAAAAGAUCAACGAAGCAUGGGAGAAAGCCACCCGAAUCGGGACGUUUGCUCUUCUUAUAUAUGCUAUUGUCUCCUUUAUUGCCAACAUAACGUUGCCCCUUUUUGUUGUCCCCACCUACAAACCCACUGUUCUUACCCAAGACAGGCAUUUAAGUGACGGUCUAGACGGAGAGCCAUUUCUAGGCAACAGAAGGACAUCAUUUCCUAGUCUCGCUGGUGCGACUGCUUCAGCAGAGUCACCUUCGAACUCCUCGGAGGGGAAGAGAAAAUGGCUGUCGAAGCUGCAGAUCCCAGGGUUUACGCUUCGCCGGGCUUGGUUUCUGUCGCAUGUUCUGUUUGCGGUCUGCAUGUUUGGUACCUUCUUCGUAUACAGCUACCAGGCCGCAACGGUGGUGGUAGGGUUAGUUGGAAUCUCGUGGGCGUUGACACUUUGGGCGCCAUUUGCUCUGAUUUCUGCGGAGGUCGCACGGAUUGAUGCGGGAUAUCGAGCUAAGCAUCAACAGUCCGAACUUGAUGAACACUAUUCAGCGCCCAACUAUCAUGCUGAUCCACCAGUGGCGGAGUACGAUCUGGAGAACGGCUCGUCAUCUACUACGUUGAAAGUAGCAGAGGAGGAUGAGAAUCUGGCCCAGGCGGGAAUCAUCCUCGGGCUACAUAACGUGGCAAUCUCCGCGCCUCAGAUACUAUCCAGUCUGAUAUGUAGUGCGAUCUUCAAAGUGGCCCAGAAACCCCGAGGUGAAGCCUGGGAUGACAGUGUUGGGUGGGUGUUGAGAUUUGGCGGAUGUGGUGCGGUGCUUGCCGCAUGGUUGACUAGCAGACUAGUUGAAGGUCGAGGUUAG